UUCUGUCUUGUUGCUGUCUCAGCUCAGAACACUUUACUGGAUAGAGGCGUGUCCCCAUCCUGUGGGAUGAGCUUGAGUGCAUUUAUUUUUUUUGUGUGUGUGUGUGUAAUAGCAUGACUGGUAGUUUUUGUUAUCUUCACCUGAGACAAGUUCUCUCACAAAGCGCUGGUCAGUCGCCGUAAGGUGUAGAAAGAGACAAUGUUUUUACGUAGAGGAGUAAGGUCUUUUAUUGCUUCAUCAUUUAAUUAUUAUAACUUCGCGGGUUCAGUGCAGGUCGCAAGAAGUAUACCACAGGACGCCAUAGGAACGUUGCAUAACUCUCGCAUUAUUUCCUGCUCCCAACUCCGUGACAGAGCCGUAAAUAGUGUGUGUGUUUUACGGCUACCUAGUGGAAUGUUGCAGGAUAACUCUGUGAAAAACAACAUACGCGUGCCUCAUGCUUGCACGGCCUGCAAAUCGGUUUCAAGGCUUGACUUCAUUUUGCCUUUUUCAUGGAGGAGCAAGGAUCGUAAUACGAAUGACCGACUAAAUUCACCGAAAAGCUUAUUUUGUAUUUGCACCGAAACGUGUAUCGUUCUUUCCUCCACGGACAAACCUCUGUCAAGUACUUUAUCCAACGCUUCGAAACAGAAACAAGAAAAUUGGAUGAAGAGGGAAUCAGCCCCAGACGUCCAAAAGGUACUGCUUUCUAAGAGCCCACAGGAAGAAGUUGAAGAACCAGAGCCUGGGGAAAAGCAAAACAAAACAAAAGAGCUGAAGAAAAUUUUUAAGGAAUAUGGUGCUGUUGGUGUUUCAUUUCACAUUGGAAUAUCUCUAAUUUCUCUUGGAAUUUUCUACAUUGCCGUGUCUAGAAGCAGGGAGACAGCAUGUGGGACCAAAAGGGUGAGGUUAGAGUACCCCACAAUAUUUCUGGAAGCAGUUACCGCCUUUUCAGCUGCAGCAACUGCAUGCAGGCAAACAGGAAGUCCAGCCGCCACUGGAUCCAGCCUGCUGGAGAAUGGGAUCAAUAUGACAGCUGUCCUUUGCAAGAUGGGCUUUACUGAAUCUGUUGUUCAGUCGAAGAUGGCUGCUGGCACUAGCACAUUUGUGCUAGCUUAUGCUGUCCACAAACUCUUUGCUCCAUUUCGGAUCAGCAUCACUCUUGUGUCUGUACCACUCAUAGUACGAUAUCUUCGGAAAACAGGACUUUUCAAAUCCUCACCACCUCGUCUGUGAACAAGCAUGUUUCCAAUGGUGGACACACACACACACACAGGGUAUUUUUAAAAAUUUGAUAUUAUUUGAAAUGUAAGUAUCCCAGAAACUACAUAGUCUAGGCAAAUGAAACUGAAUAGGCAUAAUGUUGAACAAUAUAAGAUUUAUUCCUCAAAAUUUGGAUGAGAAAUUCAAAGGUAUGUGGAUUCCAUGAACGAUUUCACAAAUUUUCAAUAUGCGCGCCGCCUGAGACACGGCACUCUAACACACAAAACACCUUUUCUUUUGUAGUGAAUUGCAUUUCUAUACCUAAAAAUAAAAAAAAAAACAUUAAAGAUAAAAUUUUGACCUGUUUCCACACAUGCUGUGAAAAUUUGAGGUCAAUUGAACGAGAAUUGGCCAAGUUACUAGAUUGUGAAAUGAUUUUAAAAAAUUUUGAAGCACCCUGUAUGUAUGUGUAUACAGAUGAAGAGUUUGGUUCCAAAACGCGAUAGCGUUUUUUUUUUUUUUUAAAUCAAGUUACCACCAAAAGAAUCAUGGAACUCUUCAAAGUUCCAAAAUCAAUUUUAUGCAAAACAUGAUAGCUACAUUUCCCUGCAUCAUAUAGCCUGUAUCUUUCCAAAAUGUGAAAAGCGCUACCACUGAUUUUCUGCAAAACGCAAUUUCUCCGCUUGACCAAUCACAGCACACCAUUAAAAUAUGUAAACAGUGAUAACAGCUCACACUGUCUUUUAGUGAGAUUUUGAAUGAAAUAAAUGCAUACCUUCGAUGGAAUCAAACAUUUUAUCUUAAUAUUUUAUAUUAUUAUUCCAGUAAAGAUUGGGGUCCAAUGUUAUUUGCCACUUAUAUAUAUUUGGGGGGUUAGCACCAUUUGAUUUACACAACAUGCCUGCAACUUUAAAGGUGUCUGUGAAGAUUCUCAAUCAUCCAGGUCAUAGUAAACUGUGGGUGGUAGAAAUGGGUAACUGGACUUGCU